AUGGCGCUGUUGGAAAUUUUGCUUCUUGCAACGGCAAUCGGAUCCUCUUCGAUGGCCUACAAUGUAUCCUUCCCCAAUGUAACCAUUCCGAAUCCUCCCUGGCUGAACAAUACCAACAUCACACUGCCGAUGCCAUUUACCACCGUCGCCGCAAAUUUGCCACCACAAUCGGAACCGAACGUAACGCAGUCUCCAUCACAAUCCGGGAUUCCACUCUACAAGCAUCCGCAUUAUGACCAAAGUGGAACGGCACUGUGGUUCCCGCGGAUCAUUGGCGGCACGCCCGCCACAGUCGGAGAAUUCCCGUCGAAAGUGUCGCUACAAAUGGCCCGAACCUCGGCACACUUCUGCGGUGGCACUUUGCUUACUAUGAGACACGUUUUGACAGCAGCUCACUGCGUGACAAACAUCGAAGGAAUCCCGUGGAGCCCCGCAACGAUACAAGCCAUGGCUGAUGAUUUGAACGUUCUGCCGAGAAUGGGAAGCCCAUCCCGGCAGGUUCGACAAGUACAAUUUCUUGUAAUUCACAACAAUUACCACCCGGCAAAGCUACACAACGACAUUGCCAUUGUACGGCUGGUCAGUGACUUCACCAAAACGGCCACCCUGUAUCCAACGUUGCGUGUUUCCAGGACUCCACCCGGUGGGGAGCUUUGCUCGCUGGCAGGUUGGGGCGUAACGUCGGAGCACUCGCAAAUCAUCAGUCCGACGCUGCAACGUGUAAAUCUGGCCGUGGUCGACUUCGAACGUUGUAACCUCAACUAUCAGGGCUCGCUAACUGCUGGAAUGUUGUGUGCGUGUGCUCCCGGUAGAGAUGCUUGUCAAGGUGAUUCGGGCGGUGCACUGAUUUGUCACAACCGAGUCGCCGGUGUUGUCAGUUUCGGGGCCGGGUGUGCUCAUCCCGAUUUUCCGGGGGUGUACAUGGAUGUAGCGCACUACGAAAAAUGGAUCAGUAAGGUGAUCAGUGGAGCCGUUCGCUCUGGUGCGGCAGAGAUUACAAACUGGCGAGUGUGCGAGGAAUAUACCCACAGUGACCACCAAGUGAUUCGGUACCGCAUUGGAAAAGGGAUGCAGAAGAAAUCAUGUAGGGGACAGGUAAGUGAGCAGAGGUGGAAAACGGUGACGUUUAGCAAGGCCGUAUUUGUUAAAGCACUCAGGUUUGAAAGCAGCUCCUCAAACCUAAGUACGGAAGGAUUGCACGUAGAGGAAGCUCGAGCCACCAACGAGGAGCUGAUCGAAUUAGCAAAAACCAUGAAGGGAAUGAAGGCCCCAGGUUCAGACGGGAUUCCGAAUCUUAGAAGGCUGAGAAAGUAG